UUCCCUGCAGUAGUUGGUGUCUCUGCUCCUCCCACAAUGGGGAGAUUUCCCUGCAGUAGUUGGUGUCUCUGCCCCUCCCACAAUGGGGAGAUUUCCCUGCAGUAGUUGGUGUCUCUGCUCCUCCCACAAUGGGGAGAUUUCCCUGCAGUAGUUGGUGUCUCUGCUCCUCCCACAAUGGGGAGAUUUCCCCCCAGUAGUUUGUGUCUCUGCCCCUCCCACAACGGGGAGAUUUCCCCCAGUAGUUGGUGUCUCUGCCCCUCCCACAACGGGGAGAUUCCCCCCAGUAGUUGUUUGUGUCUCUGCCCCUCCCACAAUGGGGAGACUCCCCCCAGUAGUUUGUGU